AUGGAGCAAGAAAACUCUAUGAAAAGAUGGUGGUUCAAUUCGAUGUUAUUUAAGAAGGAGUUCGAACACAGAUGUAGGCUAAGUAAAUCAAUGGGCAGUCUUGGUCCUAUUGAAAAUGCCAGUGAAAGUAAAGAUCCGAAUAGAAAUGAUACGGAUAAAAACAUUCAGGGUUGGGGUGGUCAUGACAAUUACAGUAAUGUUGAUCUUUUUUUUGGCGUCAAGGACAUUCGGAAUUUUUUCUCUGAUGAUACUUUUUUAGUGAAAUAUAGUAAUGGGGACAGUUGUUCUAUAUAUUUUGAUAUUGAAAAGAAUAUUUUUGAGAUUGCCAAUGAUCAUCUUUUUUAUAGUGAACUAGAAAGUUCUUUUUAUCGGAAUUCUAGUGAUCUGAAUAAUGGAUCUAAGAGUAAGAAUCCCGACCACGAUCGUUACAUGGAUGAUACUCAGUAUACUUGGAAUAAUCACAUUAAUAGUUGCAUUGACAGUUAUCUUCAGUCCGAAAUCUGUAUUGAUAAUUACAUUCUAAGUGUUAAUUACAAUUCCAGUAACGAUAAUUCCAGUAAUGACAAUUCCAGUAAUGACAAUUCCAGUAAUGACAAUUACAGUAAUGAUAAUUCCAGUAAUGACAAUUACAGUAAUGACAAUUACAUUUCUAGUUCCAUUUGUAGUGAAAGUGAAAAUAUUAGUCAAGACGAGGAUAUCACAACGGAUGAUGAAACUAUACCAGAAAGUUCUACUCAUAUGGGUGUAACUCAACAAUACCGGCAUUUGUGGGUUCAAUGCGAAAAUUGUUAUGGAUUAAAUUAUAAGAAAUUUUUUAAAUCAAAGAUGAAUCUUUGUGAACAAUGUGGAUAUCAUUUGAAAAUGAGUAGUUUAGAUAGAAUCGAACUUUUGAUCGAUCCGGGCACUUGGGAGCCUAUGGAUGAAGACAUGGUCUCUCUGGAUCCCAUUGAAUUUCAUUCGGAGGAGGAGCCUUAUAAAAAUCGUAUCGAUUCUUAUCAAAGAAAUACAGGAUUAACCGAGGCUGUUCAAACAGGCAGAGGGCAACUAAACGGUAUUACCGUAGCAAUUGGGGUUAUGGAUUUUCAGUUUAUGGGAGGUAGUAUGGGAUCCGUAGUCGGGGAGAAAAUUACCCGUUUGAUUGAAUACGCUACUAAAGAAUUUCUACCUCUUAUUAUAGUGUGUGCUUCCGGAGGGGCACGCAUGCAAGAAGGAAGUUUGAGCUUGAUGCAAAUGGCUAAAAUAUCUUCUGCUUUAUAUGAUUAUCAAUCAAAUAAAAAGUUAUUCUAUGUACCAAUUCUUACAUCUCCUACUACCGGUGGGGUGACAGCUAGUUUUGGUAUGUUGGGGGAUAUCAUUAUUGCCGAACCCAAUGCCUACAUUGCCUUUGCGGGUAAAAGAGUAAUUGAACAAACAUUGAAUAAAACAGUACCCGAGGGUUCACAAGCGGCCGAGUAUUUAUUCCAGAAAGGCUUAUUCGAUCUAAUCGUACCACGUAAUCCUUUAAAAAGCGUUCUAAGUUCAUUAGGAUUCUUGUUGGUUGGAACCUCGAGUUAUCUUGGUAGAAAUUUGAUAUCUUUAUUUCCGUCUCAGGAAAUAGUUUUUUUUCCACAAGGAAUUGUGAUGUCUUUCUACGGAAUCGCGGGUCUUUUUAUUAGCUCCUAUUUAUGGUGCACAAUUUCGUGGAAUGUAGGUAGUGGUUAUGAUCGAUUUGAUAGAAAAGACGGAAUAGUGUGUAUCUUUCGUUGGGGAUUUCCUGGAAAAAAUCGUCGGGUCUUCCUACAAUUUCUUAUAAAAGAUAUUCAGUCUGUCAGAAUAGAAGUGAAAGAAGGUAUUUAUGCUCGUCGUGUCCUUUAUAUGGAUAUCAGAGGCCAGGGAGCCAUUCCAUUGACUCGUACUGAUGAAAUUUUACUCCACGGGAAAUGGAACAAAAAGCUGCUGAAUUGGCCUAUUUCUUGCGUGUACCAAUUGAAGUAUUUUAAGAAAUGA